AUGGCAGCUCAGCAAGGAAUUCGGUCCUCCAACCUGGCUCAACAAGGAAUUUUAAUAUCUAAUGUCGAGUCGCAUAGGGUCACACCCACCAUACAAACUCAAUAUGCAAUUCCAGCUAGACAUAAGCCUAAUCCCGGAUCGUUCAUAUUUGCAAAAUUGGCAUUCCUUGACCCCCGAGUCUCGCUUUGCUAUGGUUGUGGGGACCAAUUAAAGCCAGGGGGUAAUUUGCCAUCUCCACCUGAUGACCUGGUUAUGACAACACGACUGCACCGAAGGUAUUACAAAAAGGGACAGUUGCAAGUUUCGCCAGAGAUAAAACCAGUGUAUCUUCAUGUCAGUUCAUAUUGCGCUCAAUCUGCCUACAAAGAUUUCAACGCAGCAUCUUGCCAAUUACCGGACGAUCUAAGGCCACACCUUCA